CUAUAGUAGGCCAUAAUUUUUGGUAAUCUUUAGUUUGUAAAAGCCCCAAACUUAGUAGGCCUGGUCAACCAAUUCGGCAAUGUCAGUUCCCAUUUAGUUCAUUCAAAGUACAAACGCCGCUCGAGCAGCACCGGAUACCAAAAAUAUAUUUUUGUUACUUCCAUUUUUAACCAAAGUGCAAAAUUUCAAAAUUAAAUUUGUGCAAUUGGAGCAGGAUAUCAAAAGAAAGAAAGAGGGAAAGUGAGGCAAGAUGAGCGAACCACAGAAGGCGCAAUUGAAGGAGAUCUACGCCCUGUUGAACAAGGAGAAUCCCUCGGGGGUCAUCACCGUUGAGGAUCUGAAUGCCGUGAUGCAGCACCUCGGUCGUCGUCCGAGUACCGAGGAGCUGCGCGAAAUGGUCCUGGCCGCCGAUUCCGAGGGCAGUGGAUCCGUGGACUUCCAGCGCUUCUGCCGCAUGAUGAUCCGCGCGGAAAGGGAGCUGCUGCUGCGCGAAUCCUUCCAGCGCUUCGAUCGCGAUGGCGACGGCGUGCUCUCCGCCGAGGAACUGCAGCUGGCCCUGGAGGAGACCCUCGAGGAGGAGCCCGACCGGGCCACCGUCCAGGAGAUGAUGCAGGAGGGCGACCCCAACGGCACCGGGUUCAUCUCCUAUGCCAACUUCAUGCAAAUGGCCCUCAAGUACCAAGAGGAUGAAUAGUGUAUCGUAAUUUAACAGCAAGGUCCGCGAAUACUCCAAAUGAUGCCGUCAAUGAAUAUAUUUCAUAGAAACUGUCA